CAGGCUAGUGGCCGCUCUGAUGCUUUUCUGUGGUUCAUUCGUGUGCUUCCAGUUGCGAGAGUAAGGUGGUAUUCAACGAGAAAAGAUUGUUUAUUAGUGAAGAGCCAAUAAUUGCGUAUUAACUGUUGAAAUGGCUCAGCAAAGUGCGAUUGUGCAAACAUCCAAUACCGGCACAGACAUCACACCUGUGCUAGGAACUCUGCAGUCUGUAGGACCUAAUAGUCAGACUUCACCGGUUCUGCCUAAUAUGCAAACAAACGUGACAACGACAACCACAGUACAACCACAGCAAACACAAUCCCAACAAACACAAUACGUGUCACAGCCUACGAAGCAAAUGCAAGUACAGCAAUCACAAUCGCAACAACCGGCGCCCCAAACGCAACCACCGCCGCAACAACAACAACAGCAACAAUCGUCUACCCCGAGUUCUUUCAGUGAUUUCCCACAAUUCUUAACAAAAACAAGGUUAGCAGAUUUAGUAAAGGAAGUAGAUCCUACUGAACAACUAGAUGAGGAAGUAGAAGAGAUGCUUUUACAACUGGCAGAUGACUUUGUAGAGACAACAGUGAACGCAGCUUGUCUAUUAGCCAAGCAUCGUCAUGCAAAUACAGUGGAGGUUAAGGAUGUACAGUUACAUCUAGAAAGGAAUUGGAACAUGUGGAUCCCUGGUUUUGGUACUGACGAAGUACGUCCAUACAAAAGAGCCACUGUCACUGAAGCACAUAAACAAAGAUUAGCGCUUAUACGGAAAUCCAUCAAGAAAUAUUAAUUCCUUCAUGAGUCACAUUUGGUUAAUUAUUUUUUUCAGGUUAAAUGAUUGUAUUUUAUACAUUUUUCACAUAUACUGUUGCUGCUUUUGUAGUUCUGAUUCCUUUGUGAUAAGAAUGUUAAUCUUUUCACUACAGUAAAGUAUCAUCUAUAAUAUAGUUGCAUCUAUAAUACAAGUAUAAAACGCAAUUGCGACUAUAUUGUAGAUGACUCUAAAAACCCGAUCGUAAAGUGACGAUUUGUGUUAAUAUGAUAUGAAAUCGUUUCGUUGUCGAUCGAUUAUAGUCACUCUCAGUACCUAAAGUAUUUAAUGAUACCUUAUAUAGUAUUUAUAUAGAUCUGGUUUUUUUUUCGUAGUGAGGAUGACAGUAAUCGCCGUUAAUAACGAAAAGAUUAAUAUCGUACACGUGUUUCUCUUUGGCACACAUUUCAAUUGUUAUAUGAUAUUAUAAAAAAAAAUAAAAGUGCGUUUGUUAUUAAAA